UCCUACGUUACGACACUCUCAAAGCGAUCGGUGAAGGGUUUGUGGGUCAUGGAUGAGGAAGGUAAAUAAAGGAGAAGCGCUGAUAUUCCACACGGUUACCGGGAGCUUUCACACUGAGGCACCUGUCUUUUUGAUACGGUUGGUGGAGGACACACCGGAGAGGAGGGAGUGUCGGUUCGGCUCCAGCAGCAGCAGCAGCAGCUGUCGGCGUUCUCAGGUGGUCUGAUCAGGGUUUGCCUCGUGCUUGUGUUGCCAUGGCGAUGCGGGAGUUGGUGGAGGCCGAGUGUGGGGGAGCCAAUCCCCUCAUGAAGCUGACCGGUCACAUGACCACGGAGGGGGGUGCAUGGCGGCACCGCUCAACACCUACAAUGCCUCCCUCUUCUAUUGAAAUUGCAACUGAGGAAGAGCUGGUGAAUGAGUUCCUCCAGGCGCCCCCUCGCCCCCCUCACACAUUUGACAUGGGUCAGCUGUUGGAGGAAAUGCAGCAGAUUGACCAGCAGAGCUACAGGCAAGCUCCACAAAGAGCUCCAGAUGUGGCAGCGUUGGCGCUCUCCGGUGAUUGGACGGCUGAGUUCCUCUCCGGUCCGGACUCUGCCUCCGCACCGGGGCUCGUGGCUCUCGGGGAAGCGGCAGAAGCUGAUUGGACGAAAGAGUUUAUCGCUGAGGCUGCAGAUCCUGGUCGCUGGGCGGAGGAAUAUCUGGAGCAGUCGGAGGAGAAGCUGUGGCUCGGAGAUCUGGGAGACAAGGAGAGCGAAUGGACGAAGGAGUAUCAGCCGGGGGAGGAUCUGAGGCAAACAGCCAAUGAGCUCGUCUCAAAGGUCGACGACCCAAAGUUACAAAACUCUGAGUUCCUGCACUUCAUUAGGCAGAUUGGCGAGGGCAGUGUGACAGUGGAGAACAUGACAGACAAACAGCUGAGAGAUAGAGCUCAGGCGGAGGAGGCUCAGAGCUGGGCCUCCCACCUCAACCAGUUCCUGACGGAGACGGGGGGAGGGAGUCUCCCCCUGCAGCCUCCAGAGAGGGAGGAGAAGAUUGAGAAAGUUAAAGCUAAACAAGCUCGGAAGUGGGCAAAGGUCGUCAGGAAGGUUUCACACGACUCGGCUGAAGCUUGGGUCGAUGAGUUUGCUACUUCAGGGCCGGACUUCCAGCAAGCUAAAGCUGCAGUGGAGAGUGAUGUGGAUUUCUGGGAGAAGCUGCAGCAGGAGUGGGAGGAGAUGGCCAAGAGAGACGCAGAGAGCCACCCCUGGCUGUCGGACUUCGAUCAGCUGCUCAGCACCUCCUAUGACAAGGGGUAUCAGUUUGAAGAGGAGAACCCGUACUUGUCCCACCCGGACCCUCUGUCCGAGGGGGUGAAGAGGAUGGAGGCGGGGGAUAUCCCCGGUGCCGUGCGGUUCUUUGAGAGCGCCGUGCAGAAAGAACCAGACAACCAGCUGGCUUGGCAGUAUCUGGGAUCCUGUCAGGCUGAGAACGAGCAGGAGUUCGCCGCCAUCAGCGCCCUCCGCAGAUGUAUAGAGCUGCAGAACGAUAACCUGACGGCUCUGAUGGCGCUGGCGGUCAGUUUCACCAACGAGUCGCUGCACAGGCAGGCCUGUGAGACGCUCCGUGAUUGGCUGAAGCACAACCCGAAGUACCGCUCAGUGUGGGAACAGAGCGAGAGCCAGAGGCAGGAGGGAGCGAGUGAGAGGGAGAAGGAGAGGGAGAGGUUCGGAUCGCUGCUGCCAGAAUCCCUGUUUGCUGACGUCCAGUCGCUCUUCCUGCACGCAGCGAACUCCGACCCGGCUCAGGUUGACCCGCAGCUGCAGUGUGGACUCGGAGUCCUCUUCAACCUCAGCGGGGAGUACGAUAAGGCGGUGGACUGUUUCAGCGCCGCUCUCUCUGUCACCCCACAGGACUACCUGUUGUGGAAUAAGUUGGGCGCCACGCUGGCUAACGGCAGCCGCUCAGAGGAAGCUGUGGCCGCCUACAGGAGAGCUCUGGAGCUGCAGCCAGGGUUCAUCCGCAGUCGAUACAACCUGGGAAUCAGCUGCGUCAACCUGGGGGCACACAGAGAGGCGGUGGAGCACUUCCUGGAGGCUCUGUCUCUGCAGCGCCAGGCCUCAGUGGACGGAGCGAGGGCAGCGCGGGGUCCCGGGGGCGCCGCCGCCACCAUGAUGUCCGACAACAUCUGGUCCACGCUGCGCAUGGCGCUCAGCAUGAUGGGAGAGAGCCCUCUGUACGCUGCCGCCGACCGACGAGACUUAGACACGUUGCUCGCUCACUUCUACCAGAGGGAGGUGGAGGGGGGGACAGAAUGAAGCCACAUCGAGUGUGAGUGCGUCUCGCUGGGAGGGAAAUGUCUGGGAGACUGAAUGAAGAGCAGAGGAGCGGUGACAGAGAGAUGGACGAGGGAGACACUGUGAAUCAUCCUGGAGACAGUCGCUCGUGGUUUCAUGUGCUCUUAAAUGACUUCAAAAACAUUGCAGUAUUAGUCUGGAAGACACAGCCAGAUGAACUACAAACUGUGUUAAACAUGUUGGACCGUCCGCACAUUUCCUCUGACUCUGUUGAUCCGAAGAAAUGGGUUUGAUUUAAUGUCACUUUUGUUGUUAAUUUCAAUUGUGUUCUCAAUGAAGAAAGAAAAUCAUGAGUGCUGCAGGAAGGAGACAUCCGACAUCAGUUUCUUUGCUCUUCCUUCUCUUGAAGUCAGUGUUUUGUUUAAAAGGCUUUUGGUUUUGAUGGCUGAAAUAAGGUCUGUGGUUAACACAAGCUUAAGAGGUGUUCUCAUGUUGUGCUAUGACGUAAAAUAAGUCAGUAAUACCCCACUUUGAAGCUUCAACAUGUCUUAAAAAAAGGCGAUUGCUAACAAGGGGCUGAAUGUAACUACAGAGGUUGCUUGGGAUAUUAAACAUCUUCACAUUAAACAUCUUCACACCAAACAUCGGACGACCCAGCUACUCUUUGGAAUCAUGCGACUGUUGUGUAGUUUGUUUUUAUCCUAACAUUGGCUUUUUAAUUCAACUGAUUGCAUUCACACUUCAAAAAGUGUCCAAAUCUCAAAAACCUUUCUUUGCCAUAGAGCUUAUGUUCUGCACAAAUCCCAUUGAGUUGUUGUUGUUAUUGACACAGUGCGAUGCUAAGUUUAUGCUACGUCAUUCCUGCAGCUCUCAGUGUGUCCGGUAAUGUUCAUCAUGACUCUCUAUGCUCUCUCCCUCCACAGUAGGCUGUAGAUCGAACUGUAAACUCUCUACAGUUUUGUAAUUAAAUGUACAAUGUUGCUGUGACAUCAAAAAGAGUACUGCUUUUUUUUAACAAAAGUGCUCCCAAGAGAAGGAAUAGGCUCAGAGUUCAAACACUAAUCCGAUGCUGCAGCAGCUUGUUUGUCAUUCUUUUUUUGUAUUUUAUUUAAUUUUGUAGUAAUCAAUUAUCAACCAGGAUAUCGAACUGACAACCAGCGGGACUGUUACUGUUAUGAUUGUGUGUGUGUGAGAGAAUGUAGAGUAUGUGUGUGUGUGCAUUAAUAGUGCAUCUGAUGAUACGGUCAUGUAAUUGUAAUAUCAUUGAGAACGGUUUCUCUGGGCUCCUCCCUUCUCUUGCUCUUUUUCAUAACGCUCUUGUAAAACAAUUUGCUUCGUUGUAAGAUAAUGCUCUCUGCCAUAUUGUGUAUUGUAACAUAAUUGUUGCACUAUAAUUGUGUUCAGGCAAGUUGUAUCCUGACUGCAAUGUUUAAUAUAAUAUUCAGCAAUAAAGCUUUGAUUCCCA